GCGGCACAGAGAGAGGGAUUCCCCUAAAAUGGUGGCACGUCUUUAUCGUGUCGUACUAGCGACUCGGGAGCCGCGGCAGCCUGCACUUAACCUCCGCCUGCCUUCUUGCACAUUGUUAGUCUUUCUAUCUUAACGAGCUGGCAGUUUGUGUGUUUCAUUUUUAAUAAAUCCAUUGUCUAAUUCUAUUUGUUGCAUUAACUUUCGCUCUCUGCCCUACUUACUACAGACAGUAUAGUAAAUUUCGCAUUGAAGCAAGAAUAAAAGCGCGCAGAGUGAUGAGAAGAGGGGAGCAGGGCUAGGGAAUGAGAGAAACGCAGCUGCUGCUUGUGCUAGUCUGGGCUCACACAUUGCUGCAGCGUCACACAAUCUGCAGGCUCUUCUGAACGGGGAAGCAGGCAGGAGCAGUUGCAUGAGAUUGCUGGAAAGAAAAAGUGCCUUCUCCUGAAACAAUAAGAACAAGCGAAGCUGCCAGAGAGACACAGCCAGACAGCCAGUACAACCAAACAACCCUGCUCGGAUCCCUGCUCUCUCUCUCUCUGGUUUUUACUUUCUCUCUCUCUCUCUCCCUCCCUCUCUCUCUUUUUGUGCUCGGUUGGGGAAUUUGGCCUUGUUCGCAUCCAUCGCUCAUCCAGACAGCAAGUCAUCCAUUCUCCUGCCGCUGAUCACCGGAGCUGGCAUUUAAGGAUUUUUUUUUUAUUCUGUCAUUUUUCUGUUGCCCUGGUUUGGACAGCCUUUUAAUUGUGUUUUUGGUUUUUUAAUUGUCGUGGUGAAGGACAGCAGAGAAGAAAGUUGUUUUUGGCUGUCGUCACUGUGUCCUCCCUGCCUGCCUGACUGCCUUUCUUGGUUUGUUUAUUUUCGGUUUUGAUGUUACUGGUGAGACUCUGAAGGAGAGAACGAGAGGAAAACUGAAUUAAAGGAUAGAAACAAAGAAAGGAACUGAAGUAGCUGUUCCCUUGAAGAGGUGGAGGAGUCAGGGUGCGGGUUGCUGCAUUACAAAAGAAGAAACAACUCGUAUUCAUUAUUUUUGUAUUAAGUUAACUAAGCAGGACUUGCACCUUGUGUCCGACCCCCUGCUUGCCCGACUCACACAAUGUGAAAGUGACUUAAUCAAAACUUUCACUAAAUGCACUUUCUGAAGAGCUGGACUCUCUAUCUCAAUCCCCUGGGAGAUAUUUCAUCUUCCUAAUUGGGGAAGAAAUAGUGCAAGGACGUUUCGGUGUCAGAUCUUUUUCUUUGUUCUUUGUUUUCAACCAAAGCUACAAGUUAAUCACACUUUUAUCUUUUAUUAUUGUUGUUGUUGUUAUUAUUAUUAUUAUUAUUAUUAUUAUUAUUAUUUUUCGUCAAACAGUCGUGCCCAACUUGUUUGUUAAUUUUUUUGGGGGGUGUGGAAAGAGAGGGGGCCCUUAUUUUGAUCCCCCGUCCCCCUGCACGCUGUGCUGUGACUCCAGACCUGUGCCAUGGCUGUAAAUGUAUCGAUGAGCCGUGACACAAAAUGGCUGACGCUGGAAGUUUGCCGGGAGUUCCAGAGAGGCACCUGCUCCCGCUCGGACGCCGAGUGCAAAUUCGCCCACCCGGCGAGGAGCUGCCACGUGGAGAACGGCCGAGUCAUCGCCUGCUUCGACUCGCUCAAGGGCCGCUGCACUCGGGAGAACUGCAAGUACCUCCACCCCCCACCCCACCUGAAGACCCAGCUGGAAAUCAACGGGAGGAACAACCUCAUCCACCAGAAGACUGCGGCCGCCAUGAUGGCACAGCAGAUGCAAUUCAUGAUGCCUGGAACCCAGCUGCAGCCCAUGACCACGUUCCCUAUGACGUCCUCCCUGGCCACCAGCCCCGCCAUGGCCUCCUUCAGCCCAUACCUGAGUCACAUGAGCUCUGGGAUGGGCCUGGUUCCCGAGCUGUUCCCCAACACUCCCAUGCUGGUCUCUGGGAACCCCACUGUGGCUGUCGGGGGCAGCUCUGCCGGGCAGAAGCACAUGCGCACUGAUAAGCUGGAGGUGUGCCGCGAGUUCCAGCGGGGGAACUGCACGAGGGGGGAGACCGACUGUCGCUACGCCCACCCCAUGGAGAUGGCCAUGAUCGACGGCUGUGAGAACUCCGUGGUCGUGUGCAUGGACUACAUCAAGGGCCGCUGCAGCCGUGAGAAGUGCAAGUACUUCCACCCGCCCACACAUCUCCAGGCCAAGAUCAAGGCAGCUCAGCACCAGGCCAACCAGAACGCUGCCAUGACCCAGCCAGACGCCCGAUCCCUGAAGCGACCCCUGCAGCCGACCCUUGACCUGGCUGUUCCUCCAGGGGCCCUGCAGCCAUUACCAAAGAGGCCGGCGCUCGAGAAAGCCAACGGUGGUACCGCUGUCUUCAACCCCAGCAUGAGCAUGUUUCAUUACCAGCAGGCCCUGGCUAACAUGCAAAUGCAGAUGCAGCAGCCAGCCUUCAUACCAACAGGGUCUGUCCUGUGCAUGACUCCCACUGCUGGCAUUGGACUCCUCAAAUCCCCAGUGCCCGGCAAUGACUGCAGCUGGGAGAGGUGCAGGCUGCCCCACAGCCGCUACCUGUCAAUGCCUGGAUUAACUGUUCCCAUGAUGCACAGUGCUACGCCCUCCACUGUUACUUCAGCAGCAGCAUCUGUCACGAGUGUCCCUUUCGCUGAGUCUGCGGCUGCUGAUCAGAUCCCCACGUUGUCCGUCGAUGAACUGAACAGCAACAUGUUUGUAUCUCAGAUGUAGCCGUGGCUAGUCGAACAGCCGUGUGCUCCGAGGUUCUGCAGCCACAAGGUGAAUCUCUGGUGUGUUUCCAUGGAAACCCGAUCACUAAGUUAACCCGAGUGCCCCCACGGCAAAGUCCACAGUAACCCUAAUCCAGCUGACACAUUAACCAAAAAAAAAUUCAAGUGAACCAUAAUAAUGAUGAUAAUAAUAAGAAUGUAAGAAUAAUUCAGAUGUUAGAGACACGUUUGCAGUACCAGACGGAUGUCAAUGUGUGAGAUGCUCACCGCGCAGAGAGGCAGGGUGAGCGGCUGUCCUGUCCUGCGCACAGAAAACAAAGAGCAGCCUUUUUAAAACUUCACUUGAAAAAGAAAGGAAGAAGGAAAAAAAAACGGCUCCCAAGCGGUUUCAAAUAGGUUAUAAAAAAAAAAAAAUAUAAAAAAAACAUAAGACUCUUGCUUUUACAGAAUAUUCGAAAUGGAGAUUUUUUUUUAUCGUCCUGUGUCUGGUUUUUAUUUUUCAUAAAAGAAAAAAAGAUUGAAAAAUAGUGUUAUUACUGUUAUGUUUACAUCAAAGUGUAUGUGUUUGUCUGGGGAAAGGGUGGUGGGGAUCAUACUGUUGAUAAUAAUGUAAGUGUUUGAUGAGUGCACCCAAACCACAUACUGUUAAUAAUAAGAGGUUGGCACUUGGAAAUGUGGCUGCACCGUCACUGCACGCGUUGUUUGGUUCUCCUAGAGCUCAAGGAUGGUGAGCCUUUUAAAAUGAUACCAUAAAUGAAGCCAGUUCAUACCUCGCUCCAGUUAUUACAUUAACUGUCUGCCCCGGAUGCUAUAAAUUAUACAUUGGAGGA